UGGAAGCUAAUGUCAAACAUCUAUUGUUUUCUUGUUUUUUGAGCAAAUUUUCCCAACCGUUCUUGUCACUCUCUCCAGAUAGCAUAAUAGCACGACCAAAAUUCCAAAAAAGUCAUCUGAAGCACAACCCCAGUUCGUUAACGCAUAAAAUCGCAUUCUCGAGCGUAGAUUCUGUAGUUUCCGCUUUUACAUUUUACACGAAUAGUAUUCGAAGUUAAUCAUUGAAGUUCGUCCUUCGUCCACGGUCGCGGUCAAUAUCAUCAAGGAUUUUUGUUGUUUAUUUGAAGUAGAAUACAAAGGACAAUUAUAGGAAGAAAAACGCUUGAAUAAUAUUGAGUGGAAGCCGUAGACGAAACUCUGCAAAAGGAAUAAUGGCCACUAUCGAAGACAGCAACUGCUGUGGUGAACUAGUCAGUGGACAAUUUGCCAGUGACAAGGGGCCCAUUGAGUACUUCACACGCUUUUCAUUGUGCGUAUUGGACGUUGUGAGAAAGCUUCAGCAGCAUUCCGUUUUUGAGAAAGGAGUGGAGAAAUGCCACAUUGUCGAAUACUUAAGACAUCAACCUUACAUCGAUGGUGAUCUAUCCUCCCAAGUAUCUACAGCCUUACGUGAAUUGGAGAAUUACGGAUAUCUGAUGUACAUGAAAAACGGCUACAAAACCCUUGGACCUUUCGCAAAGCUAUGCGCAACCAAAACACAGAAGCAACGACGCCUGGUUUGGCGCAAACUUGAAAUGAAAUUCAGCCACAGUAAUACCGACAUUAUGUUACCCCUGGUGCCACGCAAGAAUCGUAGGGUGAAAAGUGAGUCAGACUUUCGCAACAACGGAAGCUGCUCUACGCUCAACUCACAAGAAAUGGAAGAAUAUUAGAAUCCAUCUGUUCCAAACGCAAAGUAAUGGAGAUUUUAAUUAAUUUAUUCAAUGAGCAAAUGGGGCCAUGAAUGGAGAAAAAAGGGCCAAGUUUUUUUUCCUACUUUGGUCAAAAAUUUAAUUUAUUGAAUUCUAAAUUGAAAGAGAAAAAAGACUAAUAUGCUGCGAAAUUCUUUCUUAAAUACAAAUAACCGUUAUUUUUAGUAAGAAAGAUACUAAGCAAUUGGAAUAAAGCCAGACGCUACCUUUCCAGAUAGAUUCAAUUUGGAGCAGGUGCUAAAAAUAAGGUGAAGAAGAAAGAAGAAAAACGUUACUUUGAUUGGAACCUCAUUUUCAAUUUUUUUUUUUUUUAAAUGUGAUCGUUCACUUAUAUUUGGUUAUUUAUUGCAAUAUAUGUAAUAGACGAA